UGCUCAUGUUAUGAACAUCUGCCUUCAGGAUUUUGAGCAACUGUAUCUGAGGGUCAAGCAAUGGGCCAGGAUUUUUGAAAAGGAGCUCACCAUGGCAUGUGAAUGACCUGAACAGCAGGAUACCAUCAAAUAUUUACAAAUUUGUGCGGAAUUGGAAUUCUUCACAGUGAUUCCAAAGAUGGAGAAAACAAGAGAAAAGCUCGUGUCCAGAUAUAAAGAUUCAGCUGAACUCUUAACUCAGCCAUGUCUUCUGACAACCAGCAGAGAAGCAUCUGAGAGCCCUCCACCUGAUUUUGUGUCAGAACUCUGCAUGUCACAAGCCAUUCCUGAAGUAACCUCCAGCAAGGUCCAUGAAAUGAUGGUGUAUGACGCAGAAAUAGAGAAUGAGAACGUUGACUCAGGAAAAGCAGCACUGGAUGAUUAUAAUAAAAGGUGUCAAAUAAGUCCCCGGGAACUGUGCUCAAAAACAAGUCGGAAUGAUAAUCAAAAGUUCUGCUGUCAGAACCAGAAAUUGCAGUUUGUUGAGCAGAUAAUGACACAGAUUGCAGCCUUGCCAAUGGAUCACAUAGACGAACGUGCUACAUCUCUGCGCUGUCAAGGGAUGCUUCUUGUUGAAGACCUAAGCCAAGUGGAAUCAUCUCUGUGGGUGAAAGAGAAGCUACUCAGCAUCUCCAUUGCCAGCGUCUUUGCCUUGCCCUCAGUUGACACCUUACAAAGGCAGGCUAGGAAAAAGGUCAAUGUGCAGGCAUUGUAUGACCAGACUGUAGAAGCUAUGGAAGCAAUGCUGAGAUGUCUCUUAUCAAAGAACCCAAAUGCUACUGAACUAUUAAUGCUCUUAGAUCAUUUAGCACCCUGGAUGACGUCAGGACAAGCACAUGAACGGGCUCGAACAGUGAACACCUACGUUUCCCUGUUAAAAUUUGCAGCUACUUGUCCCACAUUUCAUAUGUCACCUGAGUUUCCUAAGCUUGGGCGUUUGAUUGGUCAACUGUGCUUGCGUGUCAAUGACCCCAGAAAAGAGAUUGGCCAACAGGCAUAUAUUUCCUGCCUUGAAAUGGAAACUGAUUCCCUGGAAACAGAGCAUCACCAAAGGUACAAAGAGAUUCCGGGUACCUACAAUCUUACUAGGCCUCAUCAAAAUAUCACUAAUAUUAUUAAGGCGUUUGAGCCACAUCUCACCUCAAGACAGACGACAGAGCUUUUAUUGACUGCUCUAGGCUGCCUCAAAGAAGCCAAUAAACACACCACAGCAGCAUCGCAUACUAUCACAUCUGCCAUCAUGAAGUGUUACAAGCACAAAUUACAAGAACAGGUUCCGGAUAUUGUGGAUCAGGUCCACCAGCAGCUUAGUUUUGUCUACAGGUUCCGGGACAGGCAAAUAAUGAUGAGAGUCAUAUCCCAACUGGCUCAUAGCUACAUGGCAGAAGUGUGUGGUGCCCUUCUACAGGGUCCUUUCCCAAUGACCAGGUUUUCAGCUGAGAUAUGGUGUAUGUUGACAAAAACAUGCUCUGACUAUGAACUAACAGUCUUAGUGAAAGUGCUACUGAAAGAGCUACAACUGAAUCCAAAGGCCACUGGAAACUAUAUUACACCUCUGGCUGCUGCCAGUGCUUUUUGCAAGGUGCUAUCCAUGCCGAAAUGUUCAGAUGUGGCACUCUACAUCUAUCCCCAGUUGCUGAUGGCAUUGCUUGUUCAGGUGCACUACCACAUUAGACACAACUCAGUUGCUGAGGAGGAAUGUGAGCCCGUGAGGUAA